AUGGAGGAAUCUAAUCUCUUGAGGCAAUACUGCACGCGCAUCGCAAAUAUACUUGAUUCUAACAUUAAUCAAGGUAUAGAUAUCCAUAUUAAUGAAGCUGUGUCACGGUUAGACAUACAUACAAGAUCGGCAGAAUCAUCUGCAAUUUCAAGUGAUCCUUCCGUCAACAAGGAUCCGUUCAACACUAUUUCUGAAGUAUAUGGAAGUAGAUUCUAUCAUGAUGGAGUGUUUAGAAGUAUUUCUAGCGCCUGUGCACUCUCCAUCAAUCGGUACGGCGAUAGUGAUAACGUCAUCGGUUGGUCUAAGUUGCGUUUAGUGGUCACCGCAUGCCUGCUGAACCCAUAUACAUCGGCAGAUGUCACCAGAGAGGUGCCGGAUAUCGCAUUGUCAAUAGUGGUUGACCUGUUUCAGCGCUGUGAUAUACCAAAGAGUUUUAUCCUAGAGCGGUUGUUACUAUCCUGGCGGUUACGACACGAUACACGACUUAGAAGGGUAGCUAGAAGUGCCUUAUGCGAGCUGUUAAGAGAACACGAGUUGGAGGAAUAUAUUAGGUCAGAGUUAAGUAGUUACAAGGAUGGACCGAGAGAUAUAUAUCAGUACAAGCUUCGGCUUAUACAAGAACUAUCCACCGUAUUGAAAUUAUAUGGUAAAACAAUCGUAACUCAAAAUAGUUCUGACAUUAUCGAUACUGAUAUUACUGUUCGUUUUCAAGAUCUUCAUAUCAAUAUCAGUUGCCCGGAGGAAGGCCUGUUGUCACAACACAACCUCGUAUGUAUUGGUCAACGGGUGUCAUAUUUACGUUCAAGAGAUAUCGAGGAUAAUAGUGAUUUCGUGGAGUUGCCUUAUUCCUCUGAUGUGCUUUCUAGCAUGCUAUGCCACCUUGAUGUUAGCAUUGGUUCAAUAGUUUCUGGCGAGAGUUGCAAGGAGUUUUAUAUCCGCGAACUGGCUCGUCGUGUAGGUAUACCGCAGGACAGUAUCAGCCGUAUCUACACUGACGAGACCACGGAUGUAAAAUCACUUAUCGGACAAUGGAUAUGUACCGACAAAGUGGGUGAAUUCAAAUUCAAUUAUGGCAUCCUCUCGACAGCCAUGCGUUCAGGUCGUUGGUUGAUAUUUGAUGAGAAUUUAUCGGAGAGCGUUGGCUGCCUAAUAUACAGUAUAUGCGAAUUGGGCUACUUGACAAUACCGGAGUUGAACGAGGUGGUAGAGGCUACUAACAACUUCCAUCUAUUCAUAACCACGAAGAAUGCGUCGAAGUUCACAGGUACAUGUAGGUACCUGCCGAUAACAUAUGUACCCACAUUGUCGGAAUCAGAUUGUAUCCAUAUAGUAUCUAAGCGAUGGCCAUCAGUUUCUCCAAUAUGCGCCGAUGUGGUAUCCACUUUCUUCUCAUUAAGAGACCAGCUACGCGAACACAGGGGGUUCAAUAUGUCAGAUCUAUUUAAAAUCGUAUACCGGUUAUCGACCUCGGGGUCAAGUUUUGACGGGUACAUAUCUAGCCCUGUUAAAGGUGUGAUUCUGGAAUCCUUCUAUUGUGUUCUAUUAGCUGGUAUUUCCUGCCAACAGCUACGUAGGAAUAUACUAGGUGAUAUUGCCGAACGAUUUAAUGUGUUACGUUCUGCCUCUUACGAGCUGUUACCACUGAACCAAAUAAAAGAAAGUGGGAACACGAGCGUACACCUCAAGGUAUUGAACCAACUCAUGUCAUGCUAUUUAUGUAAUGAACCAGUGCUGUUAGUUGGUGAGACGGGUACAGGAAAGACUGCCAUAGUCCAGCAUUUUGCCAAGAUAACUGAUAACACAUUAAAGGUAUAUGUAUUUAGUGAGCAAUCUGAAGCCGAAGACCUGAUUGGUGGUUUCUACCCUGAUAACAUUUCAGAUGUUUGUGCCAAUCUGUUUGUUAAGGUCCUGCGCAUAUUGCUGCUAUGUUGCGUUAUCAAUGACACUUUGGUAUGCUUCCUCGACCACCUGCUUGACCUAUUUCGCAAGAGUCUGUACCGAAGGGUUUUACGUACACUCUCUGCUACAUUAGGCCAGGUUACCCAAUUAGUCACGGGUGAGCUUGAAUCUGAAUGCAUUACUCUACGUGGCGAAUGCAACCUGCGUUGUGGCUCGGAACCACCAAUAAAACAGCCUUUCAAUCUGUGCUAUUUACAACAGCCAUUGGACUCCAUUCCAAACAUUGCAACGACAUUGUAUGACAAAUAUACAGGUGCGUUCAAAUCAUCCAGGUCACAGUUACAGUUUAAAUUUGAGGAUGGGUUAUUGAUACGCGCUAUGCGUGAGGGUUGGUGGAUACUGCUUGAUGAGAUAAAUCUGGCCCCUUCGGAUUUAUUACAACGUUUUGUUGGUAUUUUAUCAACCCAGACUAGGAAAUUUGAACUUUACGAAUGUGGUAACCGGAUAAUAGAUAUCCAUGAAAACUUUAGGUUAUUCGCUUGUAUGAACCCUCCUACCGUCCGUAUGGGCGAUUUCGUAACCUUCAGUAGCGGUAAGAAGGAGCUGCCUCAUGGUUUUAGAAGCCACAUGACCGAGAUUUUUGUGGACGAGAUUGACACUGUCGAAGAUAUCUCGUUAGUAGUUGGCUCAUAUGUGUCACCCGAUGACCGUAAUAUCCCAAGUUCGGAACUGAGCCAUUUUUACAUGAAGGUACUAAGGUUAUGUCGUGAUGGUGCUUUGGAAGACGGCUCUUUUAAGUCACCCACAUUCACUCUACGUAACCUCGUGCGUACCCUGUAUUACAUGAACCACGUGAUGAAACGUGGUCAUCGUCCAAUAAAGGAGGGCCGUGAAGCCUUUUUAGAUGGCGCACUUUCAUCUUUCGCAUCGUCAUUGGGUCGCUCGUCAUACUCCAAAGUGGUAUCGUUGUUACCGUCAAUUCCUCGGGGUCAAUCUCAGCCGUUCGAGGAGAGCGCUGAUUACGUGCGUGUGGAAGGGUACUGGAUCCGGCGUGGCAACGAUCCGAUUUACCGUCAAGAGCAUUUUAUAGUGACCCCUAACAUUUCGAAGAACCUUCGUAGGCUCUGUUGUAUACUAAGUGGGUUACGUGUCCCGUUGCUUUUAGAGGGUCCAACGGCUGCCGGUAAAACUUCUUUGGUACAAUACCUCUGUUCGCUCACUGGUCACCGUUGUGUGCGUAUCAAUAACCAUGAACACACGGAUUUAUCAGAGUACCUUGGCCAAUUUGUUUUUGAUGCUGUAUCUUGCCAAUUAAAGUUCAACUAUGGCCCUAUAGUUACCGCUAUGAAAGAAGGUCACUGGGUGAUCCUUGACGAGUUGAAUUUAGCCCCGAGUCAGGUAUUAGAGGCGAUUAAUCGUAUCCUUGACGAUAACCGUGAGAUAUAUGUACCUGAGACAGGUGAGACUAUAAGGUCCCACCCGGAGUUUAUGAUAUUCGCAACUCAGAACCCUGCAAAUAGUAUCUAUGGAGGCCGUAAACAGCUAUCGAAGGCAUUUUGUAACAGGUUUGUGCAGUUAUAUAUCGAGGGUCUGGAUGCUAUCGAUUUGCAGCAGGUAUUGCAUCAACGUUGUAAAAUCCCAUUAUCACGGGCAGAAAAAAUCGUAUCUACAUUUCAAAAUUUACAACUGUGUCCAAUGAACUCGAUGGCGUUCCAACGACACUCUGUCCUGAUAACUUUACGUGAUUUGAUAAGAUGGGCUAACCGUGUACGUGCUGACGAUAGCGGUCUGGCAUACUAUGGUUGGUGUGUGAUCGCCGAGAAACUUAGAGACCCUGCUGAUAAGGAAUUGGUUAGAGAGGUACUGGAACGUUGCUGUUUACUUUCUAAACCUUCAAAGCCCAAACAUCUGGUCAUAGAAUAUGGAGCCGACCAUAUUCUUGGUAAAUUCAUGGAGUCUAGUGGUAUGAACAUCACGGAUCUAUGUAUUCGAGAGCGUUAUUUAUGUUUCGAUGGUACAACAACUCGGCUAUUAGCGUUGCUAUUAACCGCUUUAGAGAACCGUGAGCCAGUACUCUUGGUUGGGGAAACUGGCAUUGGCAAGACUACGAUAUGUCAGCUGUUGGCAAAACUGCAGAAUCGACGUUUGAAUAUAUUGAAUCUGAGCAAGAAUAGUGAGGCUAGUGAUUUUAUAGGUAGUUUCCGACCGAUACGUGGGCUUAAGUCAUUCCAUGCUAACAUGACCACAUUGAUAGAAUACUUUGAGGAUGAUCCGCGUUAUACCGAGUUAGUGGACUAUAUGCGUGAAUCAAUGGCUUUGACACUAGCUCAAAUAGACCGUAAACAUAUGUUGGAGAUAUUAGGUCUGGUAUCACAGUCUUUGGAAGGUGACAUGGAUGCUGAUGUUGAUGAUAUAGUGGCUCGUGAUGCCAAGCGUCAGAAAAUGAAAACUGUUAGUCGUGAUCAGAUCGGCACGAUUAUUAACAACAUGGUUAGAUCGUUUUCAAAUGUAUUGUUUGAAUGGGUAGAUGGUCCAUUAACAAGUUCCAUGGAGCAUGGAGAUUGGUUCCUUGCUGAUGAAAUAUCAUUAGCCGAAGAUGCCGUAUUGGAGAAGAUGAACUCGGUCCUAGAAUGCGAGAGUACACUAACAAUCCCUGAAGCUGGAGGUAGUACAUUAAGGGUAUUACGUGGUCAUGCUGAUUUUAGAUUCUUGGCGACAAUGAACCCUGCGGGUGACCAUGGUAAAAGGGAAUUGAGUCCAGCAUUACUCAACCGUUUUACAGUUAUAUAUAUCCCAACACCAGAAUUUGAAACUUUCGAUGUUAUACGUCGUAUUCUGGAUAACUAUGGGCAUGGAUAUCCAGAUUGGAUUGCCAACUCUAUGGCUGAUAUCACCAGGCUACAUAACGAGCUAUGUCCACAACAGAAGCUAACUUUACGUGAUGUUAUAAAAUGGUCCGAGUUCAUGUCAUCAGAGUGUACCCUCGAUUCAUUUAUACAGGGUGCCCAUGUAGUUCUACUGGAUAACAUGGCACCAGGGUCUUCAGGAAUCUCUUUGAAGGAUCUACUCGAUAUAGUAUCACGUUACAAGCCUGAUUUGGACCUAGCCUCUAUCCUUUCUAGUUUCAUGGAUAGCACUUGGGUACAGUCUGAGCUGCAAAGGUUUGACCUAGCUUCCUCUAGCAUAUCUUCGUUUACACUAGGUUCAAAGAACACUUUGUCUAUGGUAGGCAAGAUCCUUAGGGCGUUGAAAGUAGAUCGUCCUAUCCUGUUGGAAGGUGAACCUGGUGUUGGCAAGAGCGCGAGCAUAAGUGCUUUGGCCACUUUGCAUGGUACCAAAUUGAUACGUGUGAAUCUAUCGGAGCAUACGGAUAUAAUGGAUCUCUUUGGUUCCGAUAUCCCAAGUGCUGGUGCCGGCGGUUUGAAAUUUAUAUGGCAUAAUGGACCAGUACUGGAUGCUGCAGUUAAUGGCUAUUGGGUGGUACUAGACGAGCUUAAUUUGGCUAACCAACAGGUUUUGGAAGGUCUAAAUGCAUUAUUGGACCAUCGUCGUGAGACCUUUAUCCCUGAACUAGAUCGGUUCAUAAAGUGUCAUGAUAAAUUUCGUCUAUUUGCUUCUCAAAAUCCAGCACUCGAUGGCGGAGGCCGUAAACACCUACCAAAAUCAUUUUUGAACCGUUUUACCAAGAUAUAUUACCAUAGCCUGGGGGAAUCUGAUUACUGUGCAAUUUUGUCGCAUCUAUACCCACAGUUACGAACUGAGACUAUAACUCUGGUGGUAACUGUCCUUUUUGAGAUAAGACAAGAGCUCACUGGUAAGGGUUGGGAUUGGAAUCUGCGAGAUUGCCUUAGGUUAUGUGAUACCCUGGUUGCUAAGUUACCAUCGAUUAAAUUAGAAGAGGCAUUCAGGUUCGCGUUCAUGUCACGAUUGAAUUCACGUGAGGGUUAUGAGAUGAUCUCUUCAAUUCUCUUUGCCAAGGGUAGAUGUAAGCAGUUACAGAGGGCACCAAAUUUCGUAUGGCCUGUGGGACCUCGUAUCAUCAACGGCCUCCCCAAGGGUAAUGUCACAAAUGUUUAUGCAUACGAACCUAUUUGGAUGCAGAGCCAGGAGGAUGUCUACCACGUGGUCUGCAUGGCAGCAUAUUUGAACUUCCCCGUGUUGGUGGUAGGGCCCGUUUUAAGUGGUAAACGUAGCGUUGUGAAAAAUGUCGCGACUAUGUGCAACCAGCAUUUAACGGAGAUCACAAUGUUGCCAUGUUUUGAUACCAGUGAUCUUUUGGGGGGAUUCGAGCAGGUGGGCGCUAUCGAUGGCAACAACACCGCUGGCAACUUCCGAUGGGUAGAUAGCCCAUUAGUGGAGUCCAUUGAGAGUGGCCGCUGGGUAUUAUUGACACGUAUCCAUAACGCUAAUCCUGCGAUAUUAGAUCGUUUGAACUCGUUAUUGGAGGUCGGUGGUAGCCUGGCAUUGAACGAGAGUGGUGACUGUAACCGUGUAGUCAUGCCACAUCCAAAUUUCCGUAUAUUCAUGACAACGGAUGCUGCGCAAGUUGGUAAAAUAUCACGGGCGUUCCGUAACCGUUGCCUAGAGGUACAUAUGAACUUCCCAGAAUCUAUGCGUCCCGACCCUCAAUUCGUACCAAGGUGUACUUUCAUGGCACAACUAACAAAUAGUAUAUCUAGUCAUAUAACCAAUUUGUUGUAUGGUUCUGAAGAGGGUAAUGUGGUCCUAAAUUGCGAGAUAGGGUUCAAAUGUGCCACACUGAUCGAUGGAGCACGUUUGUUGAAGAGUUUACGGGACUACUCCUGGCCACACUGCGUUAGAAUGUCGCUGUGUAGCUGCGUGUUGGGGUCAUAUAUCACGCAUUAUGCACCAGGGUCGUAUACCUACCACAUGUGGUCGUUUUUAAAGCAGUGGAGUACCAUUGACGAGCGGUUAGACCAUAGCGCGUUGGCCGCAUCACGCGUGUUCCCGCCAGAAAUCAAGCCCAUAGCUUAUCAAGUAUUGGCUUGCUCGAUAGAUUGGUGUGAACGAAAUAUGGCCAAUUGCGAGGCGAUACAACUGGUAACACGUUAUCUUGAGCGUUGCAACAGGUUCGACAGUCGUCUAUAUCGCGAUGUAACAGUUACAGGGUUAUAUAGCGAUAGUGACAGUUUACUUUGGUAUCUGUUACGUAGCUACCCGGAUGAUUACGAGAAGCGUUAUUCUAUGUUAGAUGGGAAGUACGGGGUUCUGGAUAAACGCCAUUAUAUCGACCGUUUUAUCAAAUUAUGGAUGGACGUUCCUGUGUACCCAUAUGAGCUACAGGCGGUACUCCACAUGCUAAUAACCGGCAGUUUCAAGUUAUUUGACCAACUUGGUACACCAGGGUUGUCUGAGAACCUUCUAGAUAUGUUAUUAACAAGACUGCAAGGUGGUAACUCGGUGCUCCAUUACCUGUCCAUGCUACAGUUUCUCAUUUAUCUGCUUGUUAAUGAGACGCACGGACGACCUGAUACUAUAGAAUAUAUCGUUCGAAAGGUUUAUGAGGAACUAUUGGAGAAUCUUGGUGGUCCCAAGUGCAUAUCAAAUCCUUCUUAUGACUUUUUGGACUAUUCCGUGCCAUUUUUCGGUGGACGCAUAAGAGAUGAUCUGACACUGUCAUUCGAGUUACAUCGCCAUGGUGUGGAUUCUAUGGUACUUGCGGAUGACGUUGUGACAACAGAUAUGGUCUUGGCUUUUAUCGAUGCUUAUGUUGAUACUGAGCUUUCGGGUACAUUGAACACCGCAUGUAGUAUACCACUACUGUCCAUGAGAAGAGUAGAUACACCAAAUGUGGCCCUUUCAAUGUUCUUCAUGACUAGGUUAAGGUUCGUGGGAUCUUGGAUAUGCCAUCAGCUCCUUGUUGGUGACAUCGAUCGCAAUAUGCUUGCCAAGGUCCACGAAUACUCCAUGGAGAUGUUGAAAUUGUAUAUCGAUUUACAGAAUGAUUUGCCAUGUUCUUCACUUUAUGUAGUAGUAUCUAUAUUGAUAUCUCUACGUAAGUUGAUGCGUGGUAUACAGGAGCGCCCAUGUGUCUAUGAGAUAAUGUUGGAUUCAUGGUCUUGUCGUGAUCUGCUCUAUACAGACAAUGAUCUGGAUCCUGUGCAAUAUAUGGUAAAUCUGUUAAAUGGUCAUGAUUUGUCUAGAAAACAGGAUAUAUGUUCGGAUGGUACUUUGAAAGGCUUGGAUUCUAUAACUGCAGUGAUGUUAUUCUGGGACCAUGUGUCAAAGGACAACGGUCUACCGUCUUUGCAUUCAAACUUGAAACGUAUCGAUUCUCUACGUGGAAUGUUGAGCGAGUGUGUAACGGAUACACAAUGGAGUGGGUUAUUUGCGACACUCUGUUUAGUUUCACCAAUAUUAGCCAAGGUGUUUAAUAUCGAUAUGGACAAAUUGGAUACAAGUUUAAGGUCACUUUAUGUAGCAAUAACUCGUGAAGAACAUGUUAGAUCGGGACUACUUGACAUAUUGGAACCCAUUAUAGCUGAUAAGAAGGUUUGUGAGAGGAUAGACGGACCAACAGCUUUCAUAUCACACUCUAUGGUCCAUAGUCUAGCAUCGUGCCUGCUACAGCAGUUAUGUACCCUUGCUAACUGUGCAAUUACAGCUAGAAGAUCAUACAUCAAGGACCUAUGGCGUCUAUCUGGGCUACUGGUUAUUUCAGCAUUGCCUAACGCGGGUAUGGUCAUUACCGAGAUUCGUGAAGACCUAUGUCGUACCCAUCGCAGUGACCUUUCGGAACAGUUGCAAAAGCGUUUGGGCACCUUCGUUGCAUUGGAUACACUCGCUGACGGCGAGUGCUGCGAUACUUACAGCUACCUUGCCGAGAGCAAAGCGUCCCUGAUGGAUACCACUGGAUACACGCCGUCGUUACGUUAUCACAAAUCUGUUGAAGGGUUCAGUGGCGAUGCUGGUUCAAGGGACCCCGUUGCCGUUAUGCGGAGAUUCCAGAACGACUUGGAUAUGGUUGUGAAGGAAAAUUUGAAAUUGGGACCAGAUUUCUCUAUAUACUGCGAUCAUCAUUGCCUAAUGAACCUGCGCCGUUAUCUACUACGUCACUAUGUGCUACUGCCUGAAAUGUUAAGGCCCGUUCUAGUCGGUCUAGAUUGUUUAUCAUUCUCCCUUUCUAUAGAAGGCUCUAAAGGCUCUGUAUCUAGUAAUGAGCUGCAGAGGUCGAUACAGAAUCUGAGGGUAUCUCAAAGAUGUAUGCAAUUCCCUUAUAACCUAUUGAAACGUGUUAACAAAGGUGAUCUAUUGUCUUUAAGUGCCCGUUUCUACGAUUCCGUUGGCCUAUGCGAUGUAUAUACAUAUGUGAACUGUCUAAUCGCCAGUGUACGUCUAGACCUCCUGUCGCAGGUUUCGAUGGAACCUUUGAAAUAUGCAAUUCUGAUACUUGCGGGGAUACAUUCACGUCUCAAGAUGGAACGUUCUGAGGGCCAGUCCAUGCGUAAAUCGCUUCUACAGUCUUGUAUUGCGAUGGCACAGAAGAAUGUGGAAAAAGGGGUACAUGACCUCUUUCCGUCACAACAAGAGAUCGUUCGUGCGAUAGUACGCGAAUGCGGCCCUAUAGAAGAGUUUGAAACCGUGGAUAUCGAUGACGAAGUAUCGGUUGAUGACCCUGAACAGAACCGUGAUAUACGACGUAUAACAUUACUAUGCAAAGUUUUGACGGUUACAAUACUCUCUCGGGGCCGUGUUGAUAGUUCCCAAGGGAAUAUAGGUUCGGAGUUCCAGGUACCUGAUCAAAGAUCGAUUACACGUCAGAUUAACGCGGCACUUUGUCUAGGGCUUGCAUGUAACGCUGAUACCAUGGAAAUUAGCAACUCGGAAGACCUAGUGCUACUAUUAACUCGGUUAAUGAGCGGUUCUGAGGAACAUUUCGGGUACCGCAAUGCAGAUGAUACCGGAUCAACUUCAUUCUACCGUUCCGUAGAUCUUCCUUCUUGCCUAAAAGCAUGGGAUAUAAUGUCGAGUCUAGCUUCUCGUGUCGAAACGUUAUUGGGUCAAUUUGAAUCCCAACAGCAGUUACUGGAUAUUCGGACCUUGCUGACCUCUAUGUGCAAGGUGAAGCUCCCUACGAUGACCCAAGUCCUUCUUGUGGCACUUCUUGAGAACCUGGUCGCCAGGGUCCACAAAUGGAACUCUAUUUCUCAUAGUGCGAUAUCACUCCGUGACCUAACCUCGGACCUUGAGAAUUUGAUUCUAGAACUACGUCGACGUGAGCUCCAGGGGUGGUAUUCUGCUAUAGAAGACCGUGUAUCAAUGUUCCGGGAAGACGCCUAUAGUUACCUGUUGUAUUUUGCGGAGAUGUGUAGCCAUAUGCACGAUACAAACGUGCCUUGUUCAACUCGGGUAUAUGGAAUUGUUGAGGAGAUUGUGGAAUUCGUGUUGACAGCGCCAGUGGCACACUUUGACACUAUACUAGACCUGCUGAGAUCGGUAAUCCUGUUAUACCGUGAUUCCACUAUAGCUACGGAAGUGACCCUGCGUACAUCAUUGGAGAACACCUUAUGUUUCCUAGAGUUUUGGCAACCUUCAGUUGAUAAGUGCAUAUCUAAUUUGAAAGAGGACUCCCGCCGUGAGGUUGGAGAGUUAGUGAAGCGUAUAAACUGGUCUGGUAACGACUAUAUAUCUAUCAGUGCGUUAUUACAGAAACAGAAGACCCAAAUGUCAUCAGUUAUACGACGGUUUCAGGAAGGUCUCAUGCAGCCAUGGUCUAUGGUAUACUCCGCAUCGGCCGAGGAAUGGUACGAAGAACCAGAGGUUGGUGUGGAUGAUACCUGCCUGGGUGAUAUCGAUAUGGACUCGGGAAAACCCAGUUGUUCGGAAUUAUUGGGUAUACUACGCAGUAACAUUGAUUAUAUUCGCAGUAACAAGAAUGAUAUAUCUAGGGUCCAGAUUACACGUAUGACCAGUGAACUUGGUAGGAUCCUAGGUGAACGUGGUUAUAGCGCAACUCCAGGACACGAUUCAAGUGACUGGUUACGCUGGAUAGAUUUCGGUAUCAAUAUGUGUUCAAAUGGUUGUACGUACGUGGAUGAUGCCAGGGCCAACAUUCUACGUUCAUUGCAUAUAAUAAGGGAGCUCGAUGCAUCGUUUAAUACGGAUAAAAACAAGUUCGAUAUGUUCAGCCGUAACGUUGACCUGAACAUAUACGGCUACCUAGUGACAAUGUUGCGUGCAGCACACCAAAAUAUGGUCACAGACGUUGCGGAGUACCAAAGUUGCACUCUAUCGCAAUGUCUAAGUGAUAUUGUUCAGAACCCACCUAUACAUGAAAUGGAUCGUAGAUCGUUCGAACGGCUACUCUCGGUUACAGAUGACAUCUACGAAGCAGCAUUACAAGCUAACCACAGCAAUCUACUGAAAGGUCCAAUAUGUGACCCACAAUCUAACCAUAUAACCGAAAAGGAUAGUGAAAUACCAUUACUAUUAUCACGUAUUAUGGAAUUCAGGUCAUGGUUACAGCGUUCGUCAGAGUUCCGCGGGUUCAAGUUCUCCACGGAUCCAUCCGUGGUACUACUUUCGAACAGAUGGUUAACAUAUUUGCAUACAUUUUGCGAUGAUGUGGCUAAGGGGACUGGGUACCCGGUUGCUGUGCAUCCAUAUUUUCAUCAUGCUGCAAGUUGUAUCGUAUCCCUCUUGGCUACAGCAAAACCUAUGGAUGAACUGCCGAAGGCAUCACCUAGAGAGUUCCGGUGUAGGGAUCCUGAUUUGCCAUUGGAAUGUCUUUUAUUAGCACAACUUAUUAACUGCAUCAGUCAUGUUGAGCCACCCGCAGAUGAAUCUGAAAAGGAAUCCCGUGAUGAAUGGGCUGGAGGUACAGGUCUUGAAGAUGGUACCGGUGCUAAAAACGUAUCAGAUGAUGUCGAUCCUGAUGAAGGCUUGUUUGACAAUUUUGCAAAGGAGCCUCCAACUGACCAUGGUGAGAUUAAGGAAUCUAACCCUGCUGUUGAUAUAGAUAUGGAAUUUGAUGGUGACAUUCUGGAUCUCGAGGGUUCUAGGGAAUGCAGUGAUAUUGAAGAGGACAGCGGUGGCCACAAUGAGGAAUAUGAGGACCUGCAGAAACAACAGUUGGAUACCGAUCUUGUAGAUGAUGAACCGCCACUAGACGAUGAUGGUGAGCCUUUGGAUAUCCAAGGCGUAUCGAUGGACGCCACUAAGGACGCGGUAUCAGAUACUGAUGAUAUUGAUAACUCAGAACGUGAGAACGAGUAUACUAGUGAGGUUCCACAACAGCCUACGCCACAAGAACCUACAGAGGAGCCUAAAGAGGAACCUACAGAGGAUCUUACUGAAGAGCCCGCUGGGGAUUCUACAAAUGAACUAGACAAGGGUAAUAAUGACGUUGAAUUCGAUGGCGACGAGGGUCAAGAGCCUAUGGAUACGGAUGAAGUUUCGGAACAACAAGAAGAGACGACAGGAGAGCCAACAACGGAAGAUGGUGUUGAACCAGAUGCAGAAGCUACGCAGAAUGGUUCCCGAAGAGAGUAUGAAGAGACACCUUACGGUACCGAGGGUGAUACUGGGUCGAACAUUCGCAAUGAAGAGGAUGUAGCCAUGGGUGGUAACAGUUAUGAAGAGGAUUCUUUGGCGGGAUCAUUUUGGGGUGAUACAACUCGUAGCCAGGGUGGGAGUAUGGUAGGUUUCCUGGAUACGAUACAAAGGCUGGAGAACCCAUCUGAUGGUAGCAGGACAGAUGAUUUAAAGAUGAAGAAUAUAGUGGAACCUAUGACUGGCGCUAAUAACCUCAAUGAAAAUGAUUCCGCCCUUAACGAACUUGACGAAACAAGCCAUUUGGAGGGGCUAUCAGCAUCUAUGCAAGGUUCAAUGGUACACAAUAUCGAAGAGAUAACAGAUGGAUCCUUAAAACAAGAGGAAAUUAGACCAGAAAAGUUGUCUGAGACCGUGGACCCAAGUAGUACCAUUACCGAUUCUAAGGUAUUCAGCGAUAUGGCAACAAAGGAUGAUGACAUCUGCAUGGAUUCGUGUCCAUAUGAUGAUUUACAAGAUGAUAUAUGCGUUGAUACGUCUGCCGUACAUAGUGGAACUGCUGUUAUUGACACUGUGACGAGUCCACCCGAGCUGUUAUCACGUGUUACACAAUCUAAGGAUGGUGACGUAUCCACUGCCGCUAAAUUGUGGCGACAGUUUUGCGCAGAAUCGUUAUCUAUAUCUACUAGUUUAUGUGAACAGAUGCGUAUGAUCUUGGAACCAUCUUUAAAAUCAAGUUUACAGGGUGAUUACAAAACUGGGAAGCGUAUCUCUAUAAAGAAAUUGAUGGCGUUUAUAGCGUCAAACUACCAACGUGACAAAAUAUGGUUACGCAGGUCGAAACCCAGCAAACGUGAUUACCGAGUAGUCCUGGCUAUAGACAACAGUCGCAGUAUGUCAGUAUCUAAUGCCGGUAGCUUAGCAUUGAAAUCCUUUGCGUGUAUCUAUCAGGCUAUGUCGGUAUUGGAUGUUGGUGAAUUGAGUGUAUGUAAAUUCGGAGGCAAUGUACCUGAGCUACUGCUAGAGAUGGGUAAAGGUGAAGACCCAUCACGGGUAAUUGCAGGUAUGACCUUUGACGAAGAAUCUCAGCAUUCGCAUGAGACGGGUUUACCAGAACUGCUGAAAUACGUCCUGAGUUAUCUAGAUCGUCAAGAUGAACGUCGCAAAAUCGUCAUUAUCAUAUCAGAUGGAAAGUUCAAUAAGGAGAAGGCACGGCCAUGGAUCCAAGCUACUAUCAGUAAAGAGGUGGUACCACUGUUGGUUAUUUUGGAUACUGUAACAUCGAGUCAUAAAUCGAUAUUACAGAUGAAACAGGUACGGGAGCUGAAGGCAUUUUCGUCGAUAUUUGCGCUUUGCGCCUGCCUUGUGGCAGUCGUCCCGACGGCACAUUCAUCUGGUGCCAAAGGUGUGCUCAGUGUGCUUAGCGCGGUACCUAACAUAGCCGCUCAAGGGAACGCUCUAUCUCACGCUUUCAAGAGGGUAUUCAGCGAUGUCGAUAGUGGUACCAACGAGAUAAACUACGAUGGUGGUAACAUGGGAGCCUAUUACAACUUCAUGUACCCCGAUAACGACGACUACCCUUGGGCGUGUGUAUGUAACGAGUACGAUCUUCAGCUAUACCGUGAGAAGAAACAGCCAUAUGCAAGGUGCAGGAACCAAGAAGAUCUAUCAAUGUUCAGCUUCCAAGCCAACUGUGACCCGAAGAAUUCGGCUAAUGAACCAUUCUAA